CAACAAGAAAGCUUGGGCGGCGCGAAUCGGAGCGGCUGCUUUUCGCUUUGCAUUCGGGCAUCACUAGCAUAUUGGCGAAGUUGCUUUUGGCGUGCAUACAUGAGCUUCGCUUUUUCUUUCUUUAUCCUUUUCUCUGUCAACGGCAUUCCUCCAUUUUACUUUCGCCGAGUCUGGGCUUCGAUCAUCUGGAAGCCGGUCGCAUUCUCAUGGGUAUACCACGUUACCAAUCGGUGCCGAUGGUUGUUUUUAGCGGACAAAAGGCCGGGUCUGGUCGGGGAAAAGACAGACGGAUACACGAACGGACACACGACGAAAAGACGUCACGAAUCGAAACGAACCAUGAACGGCCAAAGAAGAAGGUAGCAGGACAACAAAAUGGGUUUUCUUUUUGCGCUUAGCCUGCUUCAUCUUCUUUUCUGGAGUCUGGGCAUCAUCAUCUGCGGUCUAGUCUCAUGGCAGACCGGCAUGCGUGUGUAUACCAACGCAUGCAUGUAUAUAACACCAACGGCGCGGGGGACGUUAUAUUGGGCAAAAGACCUAGUCAGGUCAUAGGGAAAGGACGGAUGAACGGGCAUACGCGGGGGAUGCUAAAAAGCAUUCUGCUGCCUGUAUAUUUCUACACUUGCUUUCGUACUCCGGGCGGGAGGAGGAUCGGCUGGGCGAUCGACUUGGUACCUAGAGAGUCUGGUGUUUGCUUCCCGC